AUGUUAUUUUUACCAGAUUACAUACCCAAGUAUGUUCAAUAUUUUAUAUCCAUUAGUUCUGUAUUAGUUAUAGGAGCCUCUACUUUACUAUAUGCUUUUCAAUGUGAAUUAAUAUACCUCGCUAGAUUUCCCGAGGGUUCGAGACAAUAUGUUGCCAAACCAUCUGAGAAGGAUAUCGAUUACGAAGAUGUAACCAUAACAACAAAAGAUAAUGUUCGUAUCAAAUUAUAUGUUUGUAAAUUACGUUCUGAUGCUGAUAAAAGACCAACAGUUUUAAUUUUUCAUGCAAAUGCAGGAAAUAUGGGUCAUAGAUUACCAAUUGCUGAAAGAUUUUAUAAACUGCUUAAAUGUAAUGUUGUAAUGCUUUCUUAUAGAGGAUAUGGAUUGAGUGAAGGCAAACCACAUGAAAAAGGAAUUAGAAUAGAUUCACAAGCUUUAUUAGAUUAUGUAUUAAAUGAUGAAGUAUUAAAAAAUACUAAACUAAUUGCUUAUGGUCAAUCUCUUGGUGGGGCCGUUUCAAUUGAUUUAGUUUCAAGAAAUGAAGAUAAAUUCAGUGGAAUGAUAUUGGAAAAUACAUUUCUAAGUAUACCAAAGUUAAUUCCACAUGUUCUUCCAUAUUUGAAAUAUUUUACAUUUUUAUGCCAUCAAAUCUGGAAUUCAGAACAAGCAAUCACUCAAAUAGUCAACACACCGAUUUUAUUUUUAUCAGGCAAAUUGGAUGAAUUAGUUCCAUCAAUACAUAUGAAGAAAUUAUAUGAAAUAAAUUUAACUAGUAGAAGCGUAAAACAAUUGAAUAGUAAUAACAUUUCAUAUAAAGAAUUUUCACAUGGAACUCAUAACGAUACUUGCAUACAACCAUAUUAUUUUGAUUGUAUUUUGGAGUUUAUAAAGGUUCAAAUUUUAAAUGAACAUUAA